GGCGCUGGUCAGCUGGGAUCCUGCAGCAGGACACGCCCCUGGGCUGAAUGGAGUGCGCCGUGCGUAAAGUCUGAACGGCAGCGGAUCCAUUUUUCCCCCCAAAACCCUCACUUAGCGGUUUCUAAACACGCCUCCAAUCACCACUGUUGACUCGCUCAAAGUGGAUUAAAUGCAGCGAUGACGCGAGAGGAAGAUCUCACCCGGAUCGCGAAGAAACUGGACAAGAUGGUGUCUAGGAAUAACACGGAGGGCGCCAUGGACCUGCUGAAAGAACUGAAAGGUUUCAACAUGACGCUCAAACUUCUCCAGGAGACGAGGAUUGGCAUGUCUGUGAACGGGAUCAGGAAGCACUGCACAGACGAGGAGGUCAUUGCCCUGGCCAAGGUCCUCAUUAAAGACUGGAAAAGACUCCUGGACUCAGGCCACCCCCACUCUGAGAAAACGGCUGAAGUGAAGAACGGACUGGACUCCGGCAAAACAACAGCGUCUCCAAACAGCUCACCCGCCGAGACACAGAGUAGGAAAGACUCAUCAGAUAGCAAAGUGUCUAACAAGCACUCCGAUGAAGCCAAGAGAGAAAGGAAAGAUUCGUCUGAGUCUAAACCAUCGCCUCCUAAAAAGCCAAGUUUGGAUGUGAAAAAAGAAAAACACAGGAAGGACUCCUGUGACUCGAAGCCGGGACAACCUGUGAAACGUCAUUCAGUCGACUCCAAACCUGAAAGAAGCGAGUCCACCGAUUCAAAGAAGAGCAGCUCACUCCCACCAAAGAAGCUAACAUUGGAUAGGAGAGAGUCUCAGGGCUCUAAGACCUCUCAGCCUGGACCUCCACAGAGGAAGCCCUCGACUGACAGCAUUGAAAGAAAGGGAAAACCCGACACCCCUAAAAGUCCCACCACCCCGACCAGCCCCAUGUCCCCCAGCUUCAGCUCUCCCGGGGGUGCGCUGUCCCCCCACCUGGCUACUGGAGACACCGUCAGGGACAAAUGCAUUGAGUUGCUGGCGGCUGCCCUGCGCACUGACAACGACUACAAAGAUUUUGGAGCAAACUGUGACGGCAUGGCAGCAGAGAUUGAAGAUCAUAUCUACCAGGAGAUAAAGGUCACUGAUAUGAAAUAUAAGAACAGAGUCCGCAGCCGCAUCAGCAACUUAAAGGACCCCAAGAACCCGGGGCUUCGCCGAAACGUCCUCGCACGGAACAUUGAUCUAGGCCGCAUCGCCAGCAUGUCUGCCGAGGAAAUGGCCAGCGACGAGCUGAAGCAGCUGAGGAACGUUCUCACCCAGGAGGCCAUCAGAGAGCACCAGAUGGCCAAAACUGGGGGCACCUCCACCGACCUGCUGCAGUGCAGCAAGUGCAGGAAGAAGAACUGCACCUACAACCAGGUGCAGACACGCAGCGCUGAUGAGCCGAUGACCACAUUUGUCCUCUGUAAUGAAUGUGGAAACCGCUGGAAGUUCUGCUGAGGCCUUCCGGGUGAAACCAAGUGUUGUUUUUUUUGGUGCAUAUUGAUCUAGAUAUUUUCUAUAAUACGUUUAUACAUUUUUGCAGCUAGUGUUUUGAGAACAGUAGUAUUCUUACGAUUUUUACUUGAAAUUUUGACAUUGACGAGCAUGUGCUGAGAAUAUUUUUUUUUUGCUUUACGUGAAUUUGAAGACUGAGCAUGAGUCAAGAAAUCAACCCACUUGGAGAAGACUUAAAUCAUUGUCAUGGUGUUAUCAUGACAGGACGACCAUUGUAAUACAGCUAUUUUGUAAUCUCACAUUACAGCUGUUCACUUUGUAAAUAUCCAAUGCCAAUAAACUGCAUAAACCAUCA